AUGAGCAACUCAAACAAUCCAACCCCUUUACCAACCGAUCCAUUCCAUGGUGUAUCCAAAGAAGAGAAAGACGUAGCUAAUGCGUUGAUUCUGAUGAGCCAGGGGCCAGCGAAGGCCUCCAGCUCUGACAAGGGAAAGGGAGUAGCUGAUCCUGAUUUGUCCGAUUCUGACUCUGAACUGUCCGACCCUCCCGAUGAUCUAAGCGAACCCGCCGGCGACGCAGUAGGAGAUGACUCAGGCGAGCAACAAGCUGGCCAAUCAAGCACAUCAGCAAUAUGCAGCAGCUGUGGCAAACCCAGGCCCGCGCGCAUUGAAGCCCGGCCCUUGAUGGAAUAA